CUGCAGGUUGGAACCAAGGUGCGUCGACCUGCAGAGUGAGAUCUCACCGAGGAGGAGAGGAAGAGAAGGACUGCAGAACCCAGAGCCUCUGCUGCCGUCAGAAACCACCUGUGGCUCCAGCUGCUGCCUGGAACUUCACAAACUUGGGCCAACUACUGCAGAUGGCUGCGAUGCUGAGGCCAUGGACGAUGCUGGUGGCCGCUGUGCUGUGUGUGCUGGUCUGUCUGGGAGCGCUGGCAGACGCCUACCCUCCAAAGCCAGAGAACCCUGGAGAGGACGCUCCGCCUGAAGAACUGGCCAAGUACUACACGGCCCUGAGACACUACAUCAACCUGAUCACCAGGCAGAGAUAUGGGAAGCGCUCGGCUCAGGAGGACGUGGUCGAAGAACUGCUGUUUGGAGGCGACAGCAGCAGAGACCAGAGAUCAAGAUACGAUGACUCUUUCAUGUGGUGA